UGACACCAACAGUCUCGGGAGAGAGCUGCUCAUCGUCGGCCACUCGACUCUCCUCUCUUGUAAAAGUUCUCCGAGCCUGGCGAUGCAAAUGAUGACUGGAUUCGCAGGAAAAUGAGUUCAUCUCGCAGCCCGAUGGAUUUGAUUAUCCUGAUUGUACUUUCAUCAGUCUCUCUGACUUCCGCUCUCUCACCGAAACUGCAACCCGAGGACACCGAGCUGGUGCACACAAUUGGGCAGCAAUUUACUUUGAAAUGUCACUCGGACAAAAGAAUCGUGUGGAAAUAUCCCACAGCAGUUGAGGAGGAAAACGCCGUGGUGGACGACGAGACGGACGAAAACUCGCGAGACUACCCUUUCGUGUCCACCCUGACCGUGACGACGAAAAGCUACCUGGACACCGGCUACUUUUACUGCACAGAUGAGGAAAACCAAAAUCUAGCAGAUGAAAAGCGCAUUGCUAAAAUUUACGUCUACGUCGAUGACGGUGAGCGUCUGAUUGCCCACGACCCUAGCAACAUGGUGAUUGUUGGCAGAGAGAGACAAGAAACCAUAAUUCCGUGCAAACCUACGGCGCCCAACGUCCAGAUCAAGCUAGACCCAAAUUUUGGCGAAAAUAGUGAAAACGUUUCAGAUGCAGAGCAGUUUUUUCAAAAUUUUGAUCAGCACACGGGUUUCCUUUUGGUGAACAACUUUUCGUACCCACAUUUAGCUAAAUUUGUUUGCUCUGCGGCCAAAGGAAAUUCAACCGAAGUCCAGAUCCUCAUCCUGCAGCUGAGUCCGGCGACCGAUGUGCCAUCGCCUCCUCAUAUCGCAUUAUCUACAGACAAUGAGCAAAACCACAUAGCUGAAGAGUCGUCCUACUUCACCCUUAACUGUUCAGCAACAAUUGAACAGGGCGUCGUUUUCAUAAUAAAGUGGAUCACACCUAAUGAGCUUGCCAAAAAUGAAGGACGUCUUGAAAUAUCUGAAACAGCGAGUAUUGUAGACAAGCACGACAAGAAGGUUUUCGCGUACGUCUUGUUAAAAGUUUCUAAAGUCAAAAAGGGCGACAGCGGAGAUUACAAGUGCCAAAUUCUGGACCACAACAGCCUGACCAGCUCGACCAACUACUACGUUUUCAUCCACAACAAAGAUGCGACUUAUAUCAAUAUCGACGAGUCAACUUUGGAAAAAGAAACGGUGGCUUUUGUGGAGGACACGCACGUCCAGUGGCUGGUCAAGUACUCGUCGCACCCGCCGGCGCAGGUGACCUGGCUCGAUGCGAAGAAGAGGCCCAUCAGCGAAUCGCCCAAGUACAAAAUCAACAACCUCAUCAACGAAACUCUCCUGCGAAUGAUGAACAUCAGUUUCGAAGACGCGGGAAAUUACUCGUUGAUUUUGGACAACGGUCGGACGGACACGAGGCGCACUUUCCGACUUGUAAUCGAAGGCCAGCCUAUUGUAAAAGUCGUAUCAAACGAGACGCAAUUCCGUCCGGACAAAAAGUAUGUUGUGCAAUGUGUGGUGCUCGCUUAUCCCGAACCAGAUGUAGAGUGGAUUUAUCAGCCGUGCGAGACAAAAAAUAAAUGCGAAAAAGGACGGCCUGUGAAAGGAAAACUGAGGCGUAAUGUUGAAAAUAAAAAAUAUAUGACCGUCUCCGAGUUGGAAAUAGUGGCCGAUCAAAUUGCAGAGGUCACUUGUGUGGCAAGGAACAUGCGCGGAACGAGCAGGAAAAUUUUUCCAAUUUUAGUCUCAGAGGCUGACCAAGGUUUUCAACUGAUAACGCCUGAAGAAACUGUGAAAGGACAUCCACUGAAUAUCACCUGCGUCGUUUCCAAAUACAUAUAUAAGAAAAAUCUGACCUGGGAAAAAGAUCAAAAAUUAUUGCCGCCAAACCUCUACGAGAUUCAAACUCGGACGACAAAAUUUUCACACGUCAGCACACUGUACGUGCCAUUCAUGAAUAAGUCGCACUCCGGGCAGUACAGCUGCGUGUCUGAAAAGCUGGACGGGCAGAUUUUUGAGGACCAGUCGAAGCUGAUCAGAGUGCUGGACGUGGUCAAGCCGAAAUUCAUCAACACCAACCUGAACGACGCUGAGAAGACCUUCAGCAGGGACACAAACCACCAGCUCGAGUGUCGAGUGGACGGCACCCCGCGACCUGUCAUCACCUGGUUCAAGGACAACAUCGUCUUCACCCCGAACGACACGCGGAUCGGCCUGUUGAAUCGAAACCAGACCCUGUACCUCCACUAUUUGGGAAUGGACGACGAAGGGCAGUACAGGUGUCAAGCCUCGAACGCAGGGGGCACCAUUUCAGCGUUCAUCGACCUCAGGGUCAAAGGAAAGAAACUGGGAACGAUUUUUAUUUCGUUAUCGGUGGUUUUGUGCUGCGUUUCGAUUUUCCUCUUCGUCAUGCUGAUCAUGAAGAUCCAGAAGGAAAGGAAAUUGCGAAACGAGUUGACGAGAGCCGGUCUGCACCAGUUCGAGGUUGGCGCCGUCGAGUGCAUCAAUCCCGACCUGGGCGUCGACGAGCAGGCCGAACUGCUGCCGUACGACAGGAAGUGGGAAAUUCCUAAGGAGAAAAUCAAAUUGGGCAAGCAACUGGGUGCUGGUGCUUUUGGCGUGGUAAUGAAAGCCGAGGCCAGGGGCAUUUUGGGCGACCGUGACGAGGUGCACCCUGUGGCCGUCAAAAUGGUCAAGCGACAUGCAGACCCUGCUCAUAUCAAGGCACUGGCCGACGAGCUGAAGAUCAUGGUCCAUCUCGGACAACACCUGAACGUUGUCAACUUACUUGGCGCCUGCACCAAAAAUAUUAUGAAAAUGGAGCUGUUGGUUGUGGUGGAGUAUUGCUGCUUUGGGAAUUUGCAGCAGUUCUUGCUGAGACACAGAAAGAACUUCAUCGACCAGGUGGUGAAUGACAAAAUCGACGCUAAUAUUGGAAAGGAUUUGCUCGAGCAGAGUCUGAUUGAGGACAAAAAGGCGAGAGAAGCCAAUGAGGACAGACCACCAAACCGCUACUCGACCAACUCCUUCGAGGAAGUAGCGAGCUGCAGCCAGGUGAACACAAACCCCACAGGUUAUCAGUGGAACACGGCAAACACGGUGAGCACUUGUGCCGGCGGCGACAGCGGAAAUCAACCCUUGUGGCGCUCCAACUAUCGCAGCGACGCCACCCGACCGGACACUCACCCCGUCUGCACCAAAGACCUGGUCUGCUGGGCUUACCAGGUUGCCAAGGGCAUGGAGUACCUCGCCUCGAGGAAGGUGCUGCACGGCGACCUGGCGGCCAGAAACGUGCUCCUCGCCGAAGACAACGUGGUCAAAAUUUGCGACUUUGGACUUGCGAGGAGCAUGUACCGAUCGAAUAACUACAAAAAGGAGGGAGACGGACCUCUGCCGGUUAAAUGGAUGGCCAUCGAGUCCAUUAGGGACAGGGUCUUUUCCACCCAAUCGGACGUCUGGUCCUUCGGAAUUGUGCUGUGGGAAUUUUUCACUCUGGCACACACACCGUAUCCAGGGAUCGACGCUGACGACAGAUUCUUUCAAAGACUUGAAGAGGGCUAUCGAAUGGACAAACCGCGUUAUGCCACUUCAAAAAUAUAUCGUAUUAUGAUGGACUGCUGGAAUUUCCUGCCUGCGAAACGACCAAGUUUUACUGCCCUCGGAGACCUAAUGGGCAGCAUGCUUGAGGAGGAUGAGAGAAUGCACUACACCAAUCUGAACACGGAGCAAUAUCCGGCGCCCACCAUUGAAGUCGAGGACUAUUUGCAAGUGAUGCGAGCGCCGACCCACAACGACCAAAGCAACGGUCCUUCGUACGUGAAUAUUCCGCAGCGCCCGCCGGACGAAGAGGACUCGGGUUAUCUGGCGAUGAGUUCGUCGCCGUCGAGGGACGCCCUGGGCGUCAUCACGGACGACGGCGGCUACCUGAGGAUGAACAUCUCGUCGCCGUCAGUUGCCUACACAAAUCUGGCGGCCAAAGAGGAACUGCAGCCGAUGCUGUCCGGCGAGGGCGCGGCGGCCGCCGUGGACAACCCGCAGUACCACGUGCUGAGGGACAGGAAAAGUUCCGAGGCCAGGUCGAGUGGAUUCCACUCGGAGCGAGACUCGCUCAGCCAGUCGCCCAAAGAGCAAAGAAGCCAUGAGUAUCAAAACGUGCGCCCCAGCAACAGUGUUGCCGUGUGAAUCUCCUGAGAUUAAAUAUAUUCAGAAAACUUUAAGAGCCUAGUCAGAGCAAAAUAAAAAUGACUAUUUUUUUUUAAUACAAUUCUCAUCGAUAAGCGCGUGCGGUGCGUGUUUAAAAGUUUCGCCUAAAAGUGAAAACGAUCAUGCAGUAUUACUUUGCACUUACUUUUGUUUUGUUAUAUUUGUAACGAGAAAAAAAAACAAGACUACAUUUUUAACAGACUUUUGAUAUUGUAACUAAAGUGUUUAUAAUGGCUGAAAGAUGUUGAUUGAUAUAGGAAAUUCUAGUUUGGUUUUAAAUUUGUAAAAACUAUAUUUUGACUCAUGUGUUCAGAUAUAAAAGGAAUGUGUUGAAAGGGGUAAAAGUCUUUAAGUGUUUGUAAAUUUUUAGAGAAAGAGCAAAACGACCAAAAUUUAAAUUUUGCAAAUAUUUUGAAAAUAUUGAGGGCACUCCAAAUUAGUUGCCUAAUAAGAAAAUUAUGCAAUUUAAAAUAAUGUGAAUAAAAAAGCCAAUAAAAAGAUAAGUAGGAAAUCUGUUUCAUUUAUGCACUAUUUAAAUCAUGACAUUAAGCAUUUUUUUUUCUUUAAAAUCCUUUUUGGGAUGCUUUUUCAAAAUAUUUCAAUAAUUUAAGAAUUACUCUUAAUUUCUGGUUUUGAACUAAGGAUCCUAUGCCACAAAUUUGCAUAUAUAUAUUUUAUUUUUCAAGACAUAAACACAUUGAAUAUUUCUUAUAUUUUUUUCUACACACGAGAAGGGUGAACACAAUAAUGUGAAAUGUUACCAUAAAUUUAUGGAAUUUGCUCGACAAUCACAGAUGGAGAUUCCUGAUUUUACUUUUCAUUUGGAAAAAUUUAGGAAUGUCAAAUUAUAAUUUUAGGGGAAACACUGAGCAUUAAAUGUGAUAUAUAUUAACGGCACAUUUUUUAACGACGAUGUCGAUGGAAGACGAUUUAUUUCAAUGUGGCGUUUAUGAGUUGCAUAUGGCACAGGUAAAUUAUCGAAGCCAUGCAUUUUGACUUCUAUAAAAAUAAAAUAAAAGCAUUUUUGGUGGAAGACGCGUCUUGCUUGCUUGCUUUGUGCUCAGCCCAAAAUAAAAUGAUUGGC